AUGACCACGAAAUAUACCUCAAAUUUCAUUAUUUUAGAGCACUCUUUUUUGUUUCCUCGUUCUAUUCCCUUCAUCUCAAGCAAAAGCGACCUAGCCUUCAUCACUCCUGCACAACAGGUGCCACUUAUUCAGAUGCGAGUAGAACGGGCCGACCCUGGCCUGAUGAAAGCAUCUGUCUGGACAACAACUGUUGGCGAGCUGAUUGAUGAGUGGAGGGAGCUGAACACAAGUAGUAUGGGACGACGCUCUAACAAACGAAUGUCGACGUCCUCCAGACGACUGGAUGAGGAGCGACGGCGAGCAGAAUCCAUAAGACAUGAGUCGAUUUUAUUUUCUUUCCUUCGUUUUUAUCCUCAUAGCACUCCAGAAAAUACACAACGAGCACGUGCUCUCUUAGCUGAGGCCCAGAUUGAGGCUGGACCAGACCACCAUGACAGCACACAGUAUGACUUUGCUUCCUUUGGUUCUGAGGACAACAGCAUGGAUGCUGAGGCAACUGAAGAGGAUACUAUGAGUGGGCCGCUGUUCUCUGAAUUUUAUCACACUUGCUCUGCACAAAGGGGGGCUACCAACCGCCAACGACAUGACAAACGAACACGAACACAGCGCAAUCUCCACGCCCACAUUGCGUGGACGGAGCAGAUGCCUGCCCUCACUGAUGCCUAUCUACACUGGAAGUAUGGGCCAGACUCACAAGAUCUCGACCAUCAUUCUAAGCAUUCAUUCAGUGUCCGCAGUGUUGGUAUCAUGGACCUUUUAAAUAAUGUAAUGAUUCACCAAUGGGUUGAUGAACUGGGGAAUGCUGCGCUCCUGCGCCACAGUCUCCUUGGUUGUUCACCCAUCCAACCAACAGUUGCAAUACACCUUGAGUGUUUAGAGCUCUACCAUCAAAUUCACCAGCGCCAGUCCUCAUUCAGCAUCCAGUCCAUCACCAGAGUUUUGUGUACACUUCACAAUGUAACAUAUAGCCCUACAUUUCGGAGUCAGUUUACUAUCAUGUUUGACAUCUAUAUUCAAAUUCAGUGUUCUAUUCAACAAUGCAUCAACAACAGGCUUCAUAGGAAUCCAGCAGACUGGCACAUGAAUGGAGUAUGUCCAUGCUGUGCAUUCAAGCAACCAAAUGAACCCAAGCUUGUCCCACGGCGAUUACAUAGCAUGGAUGGGAAUCACUCCGCGAAGUGCAUUGAUGGCUCUGGCUCAACAGAUCUCCAAAUUUUUCGGAGCAAUUAUUUCAUUCCCAAUGAUGUGGUUGAGCAAUUCAGGGAUGAUGUUGAGAAUCGCCCCGGUGAACAAGGCACUAACCCAAAUCCCAGCUGCACAGAAAACUGGACUGCUGCAAAGACUCAUGAAGAGGACAAGAUCUCUGUGUUCGAGCAAACCAGUAUAUUUCUCAUGUCCUGUCGCCAUGGUUUUGUGGAAUGUAUCAUUGAGAUGAAGCGCAGUGGUGAGCUUGCGAAGUAUGGCCUUGCUGCAAUCAAUCAGAUGCUUGAUGUCUGUGGGAAAAACCAAGCUCUUGGCCAUGACAUCGGCUGUUCAUCACGCAAGACAGUUGCCGCUAGUUCUAUUGGUGCUAAGGCAGAUGAGUACAACCUUAUCAUUGCAGUCAAUGCAUUCCAUGGGUAUGCUCACAAUCGCCCAUGUCAACUCGAAAAUCAUCCAUUGUAUCUGGACGGCUUUGGAAUUGAGGACUUAGAGACCUGUGAACAGAUUUUCUCAAGUUCCAACAGUGCUGCUUCGCUCAUCUGCCACGCAUCGUAUUUCCAUUGGGUCCAAUUCCUCGACCUUCACUUUGACCAGUGGGAUGAGGACAAGUACCUGGAGCUAAGUCAUUUCCUGCAUAAUAACUAUAUUCAAGCACUUCGCAUGAUCAAUGAUUUCACCCCACUACUGGACGACUUCAAAUUACACCAAUCAUUAACAGAUGAAGACUUCGUUCAAUGGAAGCAUGAGGAAUCAAAGUUCCUCGCUAACCUUGCCCACGAGCCACCAGCCGACGUGUUUGCAGCUACAUAUGUGGAAGAACUCAAAAAACUCCAAUCUAUUGAGGCAUGGUAUGGCAGCAUUACGAGUGUCCCUUUCCUUAUGUACACCCCAGCAAACUUCACAGCAUCAUCUGGCCUCAAUGUGUCAACACGGGAACAUUCUAAGGCCACAGAAGCUGAGCGGACCUCAACAUUACGACGACUUCAAUUGCAAAUGAAUGUCGUCGAAGACUUUGAGCGUCGUCAUGGAAUCAGCAAGCGCUGGAUGCUGUUAGACCCUCAUUAUGUGCAAGCACUAGAAUACUCUGGUCAAUGGUGCUUCAUUCGUGUAGUCGAGGAACUAGAAGCAUUAGCUCUUUUGUUGAUGUUUGAGUUAUCGAAGGCAAAUCUUUCUGGCACAGGAUACAAGAUGCACAAGUACAUAUCAAAAGCAAUUGUGCAACAAUCUUCUGCAAUUUGUACGGCACUCAACAGAUACAACAAGCUGGCACCUCUGCAAGUCCCACCUCAACCAAUCCUUGAGUAUGCUGAGGUCGUAGGGUAUGCGGCCUUAGGGGAAUUCAUGCUCCUGAAGCAUUCACAUCAUGAUCUACUUAUGAAACCAUGGGCUAUACUGGAGAAUCAUGAGAUGGCAGCUAAGUUUUUUAAACUGCUACGCUCACAUGAAGAGAUCACACAGUUGAAUGUUGAGAUGGGCAGACUUCAUGCUUGGAUGGAGUUUGAGGAGAAAAGCAUGGCCUCUGCAAUAGUUGCACUGAACGAUGAAGCCUCGCCCCUCCUAGCAUCUGAGUUGCAGAGGCAAUAUGCUGCACGGCGCUGUGUUAACAAUAUUCACCGUACUCGUUUACAGAAAAUUUGUCUGUUGGAUGGUUAUACUGGUGCGCUGCAUUCAACACUUUUAUUGCAGGAAUUGACAGAGCCGGAGGAGGAGGAGGAGGAGGAGGAGGAGGAGGAGGAAGAAGAGGGAUAUAGUGAUGAGGUGCAUGAAGAGGCUACAAGACUCGCAGAUGCUAUGGCUCAUAUCAUAGUGUAGGGACCAUUGAUGUAUCUGUUGCGCAGAAGAAUGGACAUUGGAUCAAGAUCUCACUGUGACAU